AUGUUGAGAGCGCAUCUGAAUCGAUUCCUGGAGCUUCUGGUUCUUCUCUCCUUGGCGUUCGCCAUUUGCUCUGCAGCGCCGAAUGCCACGAACUGCGGUCAUCGGUGCGGCGGAGGCGACUGCAUCGAACUGGACCAGCUAUGUGACGGAGUAGCCAACUGCUUGGAUGGCUCCGAUGAGACGGUAGCCAUGUGCCAGAACGUCUGGUGUCCGGGCUAUGGAUUCCGCUGCAGCUACGGAGCGUGCAUAGCCAGCACGGCGGUCUGCGAUGGCGUGCGGGACUGUGUGGAUGGAUCCGAUGAGGAGGGAUGGCUGUGCCGAGCGCAGAUGCAGCAGGCCAACUGCGACAACUGGGAAAUGUACUGCUCCUCCGGCCAGUGCAUGCCCUACUCCAAGCUGUGCGAUGGGGUCAGGGAUUGCCGGGAUGGAGACGACGAGCAGGAGUCCCUCUGCGAAGGAGUCGCUCUACCAACAACUACUGUUAGAUCAACUACUGUGACCACGGAAAGCGAUGUCAUUAAGAUAACUCCCACUGUGACCAUGAUAAUGCGACCUGGAACCAAUCUUAUUGAAGAGAAAGGGGAAUGCACGAUUCCACAGCUGCCAAAUGUGAUAGUUAAGCACUUUACUGAUGCAAUCCUAACUGCCGGAUCCAGAGUAGCCAAUGGCACCCGGAUUUACUACGACUGUCCAGCUGAGCACUCACUAAAAGGAGAGGAUCGGAACAUUUGCAAAGACUCUUUGUGGAUUAAAAAGUUUCCUUAUUGUGAAACACCCCAAGCCUUCAUCUUUAGCCUGGUAAUAUCAAUAUUUGCAUUCCUAGUCGUUGUAUUGAUAUUCCUGAUUUGGCGGGUUCGUCGGGAAAAUGGAGAAAGGAGGCAACGUGAGGAGCACAUUUGGCUGGUGGAGACAAACAGUACUAAUCCCAGACAACCUGGUAUACCAAAGGUCUAA